AAUCCAUCCCAAGCUCCAUGGGCUAAAAGGGGUGGGGUGGGGGUGCAAUUAAGAACCUCGGGUUUUUAUUUUUAUUUUUUUAAAGAAGCACCCUUCAGCAGACCAGUUGCAUGCCCUUAGCACCCUGUCACGCACUGACUUCUAAAUCCACGAGGAUCUGAGUUUCUCAUUUUGAGGGAGGGAGGAAGUCCCUGGUGGAAACAUUGCAUUGCCACCUGAUUUAUUGAUACAGCUCUUCUUGCUAUCUCCAUUGCACCAGUACCAAGGGUGAGAUCACUGGUUUGCAAAGAGGAGUGAGGUGGGAAUAUCUGAAGACAGUGGUGGUGGGGGGAGGGGGAGGAGAGAGAUAUCCAGUACUGAUCGCCCCCAGCUUGGGGAAAGUCACUGUACAGCAGCUGUUUGGCCUUCCUCUCUGCCAUCAUGUUGCUUUAACAGUACCUGCUGAUCAGGGAAUCUGGUGAUCCAGCCAACAUGACUAGUUAACCCAAAGGACAAUAUUGUGUGGGAGGGAGGCAGGGAGCACCAUUGCCAGAGCCAGGCUAUAAAGAAUACUAGCUCCAUCUACUUGGGCCGUGCCAAAGCCAUUAUUUCUGUCAAUCAACAAGCAAUUGCAGUGGAAGGAUAGCAAUUGGGGGUUUGGUUAUAUGCAAGGUAUAGUUAUACUGCAGCUUCGAGCUGUUAGUGGGUGUGGGAAGGGUGGGAAUUUGAGGGCGAGGAAGAAAAGCAGCAGCUGAGUGGAGUCACUGUGAACGGGCCACCGUGAGAUGGAAAGGAGAAACAGGAGCUGAGCGGGUUGUGCACACUGGACGACAUCAGGGUAUUUGCUUCGGAGAGAUUCAUGCUGUGAGGCAAAGGAGCACCAAACUUCUCGGUUCUGGAAAGGGAAAUAAGGAACUCCCCUCUCUUUUUUUUGGAAAGAAGAAGAACAGACUUUGUGGCAUUAGGGGUUGUCUCCCUUUUUACUUAAGAGGAGUAUUGGACGUAGUGGCACAAUGACUCAUUUGCAGGCAGGCCUGUCCCCAAAGACGCUGGAGAAAGCCCGGCUGGAACUGAACGAAAACCCGGACACCCUGCACCAGGACAUCCAGGAGGUGCGGGACAUGGUCAUCACCCGGCCAGACAUUGGCUUUCUCCGCACGGACGACGCCUUCAUUCUCCGCUUCCUUCGGGCCAGGAAGUUCCAGCAUUUUGAGGCGUUUCGCUUGUUGGCCCAGUACUUUGAGUACCGCCAGCAGAACCUCGAUAUGUUCAAGAGCUUCAAAGCCACGGACCCAGGCAUCAAGCAGGCACUCAAGGAUGGCUUCCCAGGAGGACUGGCUAACCUUGAUCACUACGGCAGGAAGAUCCUGGUUCUGUUUGCUGCCAACUGGGACCAAAGCAGGUACACCCUGGUGGAUAUUUUGCGUGCCAUACUUCUUUCCUUAGAAGCCAUGAUUGAGGAUCCUGAACUUCAAGUAAAUGGAUUUGUUUUGAUUAUAGACUGGAGCAACUUCACUUUCAAACAGGCUUCUAAACUGACACCAAGUAUGCUUCGAUUAGCCAUAGAAGGCCUUCAGGACAGUUUUCCAGCUCGCUUUGGAGGAAUUCAUUUUGUAAAUCAACCAUGGUACAUCCAUGCCCUCUAUACAGUUAUACGGCCAUUUUUGAAGGAAAAGACAAGGAAAAGGAUAUUUCUCCAUGGAAAUAACCUCAACAGCCUGCACCAGCUAAUCCACCCUGAGAUUCUGCCUUCUGAAUUUGGUGGAAUGCUGCCACCUUACGAUAUGGGCACGUGGGCAAGAACGCUGCUUGAUCACGAAUACGACGACGACAGCGAAUACAGUGUGGACUCAUACAACACUUCUGCAAAAGAAGUCGAAAAGGACCUGUCUCCCAAAUCCAUGAAGCGGUCUCAGUCAGUUGUGGACCCUGGAGUGUUAAAGCGCAUGGAUAAAAACGAAGAAGAAAAUAUGCAGCCCUUGCUUUCUCUUGACUAACAAUGUCUGAGCAUCGAACAUGAAUUGGGGUGGAAGGUAUUGCCUUUCGGCAACAAGCAAACCAUUGGGAGGAGAAUGUGUACCAGCCGGAAUCCUAUUUUUCAUGUUAAUGUAGCAUAACAUAAUGAGGCAGCAGGUUUUGCCAGUCAGCCUGGAACAUGCCUGCCCUGGGCUGGAAAACAGGGUGGAAAGGAAGAAGAUGAAAAGGAGCAAAUAUCAAUAAUAUAUUCUGUUAAGUGCCAACCUGUUUGUAAAUAGAGUCUAUUCCUUCUCUCUGCAUUUGUAAGUAAUGGUAGGGAUGUAGUACAGGAAAGGGAAAAAAAGAGUGGCUAUUAAAAUAUGCCAGUUGAAUGCACUGUAAAAGAACGAAAAGCACUCUGAGAAAAAAGAAAGAAAUCAGACCUAAGUAACAUUCAUCCUUUUUAUACAAAGCCAUAUUACACCUUUCAUAUGGACUGCUUUAUUCUGUUCAAACAUUUUUUCUUUAAACGAGAAGAUAUAGGGUCCUGUAGACAUCGUUGUAACUGGUGUGAUGUUACCUGUCAAUCAGAUUGUAUUUCACAGACAUUGCUGAGAUUCAUGAUGGAGACUAGAAAGAGAAAGAAAGAAA